AUAUGCAAGAUAAUCUUCAAAAGCAAAUGGAGGAUUUUAAAAACGAAAUAAGGUAUGAAUAUCCUCAUGAGUAUUAUGAAGAGCCAAUUUAUGACGACACGUCAGUUCUUAGUGAGGCUCGGGAUUCAGACCAAGUAGUCGAGAUGGCAGACACUGCCCAUAAUGAAAAUCCCAGUACCAGUAAAAGACACAUAGAGGAAGAACUUCUUCCAGAAAAGAAAAUGAAAGUCUUGAAGAAAAUGACUGAAACAGCUAAAAAAUCUGAGCCCAAAGGGCCUGAAAUUAACACAACCUUAGCUGACAACAUUACAGCAUUCAUGAGGUCUAAACCAAUGGAAGAGGAGACCAAAGCUCUUUUUGAGAAAAUUUUAGCUCCUUCCAACUGUGAAGGUUUGCAGCCAAUUAUUAUUAACGAGGAAAUAUGGCCUAGCAUUAGUCAUGAUGCUAAAACACAAGAUUUAAAGCUUCAGAGAGUGCAAAAUUAUUUGAUAAAGGGCGUUUCCUCAAUGGCAGUUGCAAUGAACAAACUCAUUAGUAAAUGGGAUUCAGAUACUAAAAAUUUGGAAGAAGAAGAUUUUGAAGAAAUAAUCAAUGAUGCUACGAAUGCACUUCGAGCAUUUGGUUGCACAAACUUUGAACUUUGCACAAAAAGGAAAGAGGCUUUAAGACCUCACAUUGAUAAGCAAUAUUCACAUUUGUGUGCAAGUUCCAUCCCAUAUACAAAUAGGCUUUUUGGGGAUGAAAUAGUAAAAAGAAUCCGUGACAUGUCUGAUGUCAACAAAAUGAAUCACCAAGUGUUUAAAAACACUGGUUCAUCAUAUUCUGGGACUCCCAGAGAAAGAGGAAGCAGAACCAGCAUGCGAGCUAGGGGAAGAAGUUUUCCUCCUAAGAGCAUAAGAGGUGCAAGAAGUGGCACCAGUAGAGGUCAUAUUAGGACCUAUCACAGGCAGCAGGAUUUAAAAAACUGCCCUGCAACUCUGCAUCAUUAGAUGUGGAAAAGUUGAAGAAAAUUUUUGAGGUAAGUCCUCAACAUAACAUUGCUGGUAGAAUAUCAAAGUUUAUUUCCCAAUGGGAAUUGCUGACAUCUGAUGCUUGGGUGUUACAGACUGUUAGAGGUUUAAGAUUGGAAUUUGUGGAUAAUAAUUAUCCUAAACAGACGACACCAUUAAGAGAAAUAAGAUUCACAGAAUCUGAAGGAAAAUUGAUUGAUAUUGAAGUUUCAAGAUUAUUAUGUAAAGGUGUCAUUGUUGAAACACAAAAUGAAGAAGGACAAUUUGUCAAUACAAUAUUUACUAGGCCUAAAAAAGAUGGCACAAGAAGAAUGAUAUUAAAUCUUAAACCUUUCAACAAAUUUAUGAAGUACCAUAAGUUUAAAAUGGAUACUUUAAAGACAGUCUUGAAUUUAUUGUGUCAUAAAGCAUACAUGGCACGCAUAGAUUUACGAGAUGCAUAUUAUAUGGUUAGAAUUUACAAAGAGCAUCAGAAGUUUCUCAAAUUUCAAUGGAGAAAUAAAUUAUAUAUGUAUACUGCCCUUCCAAAUGGCUAUUCAGAUGCUCCAAGAGCAUUCACAAAAUUAUUAAAGCCAUUAUGUGCAUCCUUAAGAAGGAAAGGGAUUAUUAUGAUAUCUUAUAUAGAUGACAUUUAUAUACAAGCUAGUUCAGAAAAUGAAUGUCUAUGGGCAGUACAAGAAACUGUUAAGUUAUUCAAAACUUGUGGAUUUUUGAUCCAUGAAGAAAAGUCAGCAUUAAUCCCAACUCAAGAAAUUGUAUUUUUGGGAUUUAAAAUAAACUCUAAAAAUAUGACUGUGCAACUGACCAAUGAAAAGAAACAAGUUUAUAAAGAAAUGAUUGAUGAUUCAAUCAGAAGAGAUGAUGCAUCUAUUAGAGAAAUUGCAAAAAUAUUAGGAAUAUUAAUAUCAUGUUUGCCUGGAGUCCAAUACGGGCCAUUGCAUUAUAGGAAACUAGAGAGAGCAAAAAUUAAUGCAUUGAAACAAAAUAAAGAUGAUUAUGAAGCUGUAAUGGAUAUUACAGAUGACAUGAAAGUAGAUCUAGACUGGUGGUCUAGAAAUAUAUUGUUUGCAACAAAUAAAAUUUAUCAUGGCAAUGCACAGAUUGAAAUUCAAUCAGAUGCUACUCCUUUAGCAUGGGGAGCUAAAUGUAGAGAUACAAGAAUUGGUGGAUUCUUUACUGAAGAAGAAAUUUUAUUCUGUCAUGAUAAUAUCAAUGCAUUUGAAUUGCUUGCUAUAAAAAUGGCUUUACAUGCCUUUAUUCAAGAAAUCAAAGGAAAGGUAGUUUUAUUGAGAUCUGAUAAUACUACAGCAGUUGCAUACAUUACACAUAUGGGAGGUUUGAAAUCCCCAGUUUGUGAUGAAAUAGUAUCAGACAUAUGGAAUAAAUGCAUUGAAAAUGACAUAUGGCUUACUGCUGAAUAUUUGCCUGGAAUAUUAAAUGUAGAGGCAGAUUGGGAAUCAAGAAAUGUGAAUAUUAGAACUGAAUGGUCACUAAAUAUUGAUAUAUUUAAAAAAGUGACAGAUAUAUUUGGUAUGCCAUGUAUAGAUCUAUUUGCAUCAAGAUUGAAUAGCAAAUUAGAAGUAUUUGCUUCUUGGAAACCAGAACCUGGUGCUAAAUACAUUAAUGCUUUUUCAAUAUCUUGGGAGAAUAUGUAUUCAUACAUUUUUCCUCCUUUCAGCCUGAUUCCCAGGAUAAUCAAGAAGAUUCGGGAAGAUCAGGCAGAUGCUUUAGUUGUGAUACCUUUUUGGUUGACACAAGCAUGGUUCACUCCAUUAAUGGAAAUGUUNUAA